AUGGCCCUUCUUGUUCCUAAGUAUGUGGUGGACGAGGAGAUGAAGAAGUCUCGGUACCACGAGAUGCUGAGGAGCGACAUCAGGAAGUUUGUGAGCCGGUCCAGCUGCAAGAUGCUGGAGAAUAUGAUCGCUCAAGCCAAGAAGAGGGAGAUCGACUUAGAUACGGAGAGGAAGAGGAAGCCAGAUGAGGUUCAGACAUUCGCGGGAUCAGGCAAGAGGCCCAAGGUAUCAGAUUCUAGAUUGAGGGGCCAUCAUGACCGUAGUCGCUAUGGCAAUUGCGGCAGGACACACGAGGGUGCACGUAGGAGUGGUAGCGGUGGUGAUUUUGGCUGCUUCAAGUGCGGCAGUAUCGGUCAUUAUAGCAGGGAUUGUACUACUACCACCACACAAGGAUCAGACAUGAUCUGCUUUCAUUGCAUCCAGUUGGACAGGUGA